AUGCCCGUGAAUAGCAACAUCGUAAAACCAAUAAACAAUCAAAACCGGUACGUUCCCCAGCCUGGUGGAAGCUUGAUUAAUCGGUCAGUAGUAGUAAACCCGCCGCAACAAGCUAGUCGACCUGGACCCAUUAACUCACCUUAUCCUACAAAUUCAAUGGCUCAACGUACUGUAGGAGGUACUCCUUUGAUGCCACGAACUAACGGGAGGAUAGCGUCAAAUGUCCCAUCAUGGAAUUAUACGCCAGGUUCGGCGUUAACAUCACAAAACCUGACAACGCGGCAGCAACCUUUUACAGGGUAUCCGAGUGCAUUGCAUAAUGUUCAUUCUCAACCCCCAAAUGAUAUAUUAGAUAUGUCUGAAUUCCCAGCAUUGGGCAGUUCAAAUACAACGGCCAAUAAUUCAUCAACUAGUGGACUCGGCUCGAGCUAUGCGACGACAGCUGGGACAUCAACUGUUGUAAAUGGACCAAAUGAUGGCCGUUCACUUCAUCAUCAGCCACAACAAGCUCAAGAAUUUACGAUUGAUGAUUUCCCAGCAUUACCUGGUGCCACAAGUAAUGGUGGUAAUCGAGGUAUUGUUGGAACGCAACCACCUUCUUUUAAUAUGACACCUGGUUUGUCAUCUUCAUCGAUACAAGAUGGUCGGUUAGGACUUGGUGGGAUAAGAACAACGGUACAACCGCAGAUAAAUUCAAUGUCCGAACAGGACAAAAAGGUUGGAUCAACUCCUUAUUCAACGACAUCAACAUUAGUGGGUGUACCUCCUUACUCUACAAGUAGUGGUAUAUCUGCGAAUUUGCAUUCUUCCAAUUCUUCGACGAUAAAUCAAUCGCCUUCAACAUCAAGUAUAACCUCAGCGUCAGGAGAUUCAUAUGGUCUCAUGGGUCUCCUAAGUGUAAUAAGGAUGACUGACCCGGAUCUGAGUAUGUUGGCUUUAGGAAGUGACCUGGCAACAUUAGGUCUGAAUUUGAAUUCGCCAGACAGUGCUCUUUACACAACGUUUACUUCUCCUUGGGCAGAUAAUAAUCAGAUAGCCGGCUUGAUUGAACCUGAUUAUCAAUUGCCUUCAUGCUACAAUGUACAGCCGCCGCCACCAGCUCAAUCAAAAAUCUCGUCCUUUUCUGAUGAAACACUUUUUUAUAUCUUUUAUAGUAUGCCAAGAGAUAUACUGCAGGAGGCUGCAGCUCAAGAAUUAUAUAAUCGCAAUUGGCGAUAUCAUCGGGAGUACAAACUUUGGUUAACAAAAGAACCCGGAACAGAACCAGCUAUGAAAUCGCCAACAUUUGAACGUGGAAAUUACAUCUUCUUUGAUCCGAACAAUUGGGAAAAGACAAAAGAGAUUUAUUACCUGUAUGAAUCGUUGGAAGAUAGGCCACCAAUGAUGGGUGGACUAAGUGGGAUGGGUGGUGUUGCUGCAUCACAGGCAGGUGUAUCGUCCUUAGCAUCUGGAGGAUUACAUCAACAACAGCAAGGAAUUACGCAACAAGGUCUGUCAAGUGUGAAUAUGGCUGGUUUAAUGGGUUUAGGAGGUAUGCCUUCGAGUAGUGCCGCCGGAUUAUCCGCAGGCACAUUAGCAGGAUUAGGAGCAUCACCAGCUCAUAUGCAAUUACAUCAUCAAUAUCCAUCAGCCUCAAAUGCUACACAUCAUCAAUUAGGUGGUCCUAUACCGGGUGCUCAUUAUGUAGCGCAAGGCGGUUUAAAAGAUUAUUGA